AUGGAAGACAAUGAUGAUCAGGAGCGUUCAGUUCUGUAUUGUUGUAUCUUGUGCCCAAAGUCAUACAAACAUGCGAAGUCGAUUCGGAGACACAUGACGGACGACCAUCGGACAGAAAAGGGUGCGACUUACCGGAUAGUCACAUCAAAUGAGUCUCGAGAAGUUGUAAGUCACGGAAAUAGAUCACACAUUACAAAGUUCAACUUUUUCCAUCAGGGUAAUGGUAGUUAUGCGUGCGAUCAUUGUGACCUAAAAUUCACAAAAAUGGAAUUCUGGACAGAGCAUUUAAAAACAUCUCAUGAAUACAUUUAUCCUGAAGAUAUUGAAGAAAGGAACUUUGAUGAUAAGGAUCAGUUUGAAGUUUUGAGUGACGAAAGUAAGGAGUAUUAG